AUGAAUGAUGUGACGCAGCAUACCGCUCAAAGGCCCUCCGUGUGCACAAAGGAUGAUCCCUUACACAACAAUCGCAACGUUCUCCGCGGAGUCAACCAUGGAAAGCGAGAAAAUAGUUCUGGUAUUUCUCGAACAUGUGAAUUGUCUAGUCUAUGCGUGGAAGGCGGUCAGCUGAAACCGAAGCUGCGCAACCAAUGGAACCCGCGGCGGUAUUCAACCAGUCCUGAGUCUGUCGUCGAGGCCUCACCCCUGCGCUUGCCCAACAUCAUGCAACAGAAACACAUUUCACAUGUAACAUCUGGAUCAAGGGUGAAGGACACGAGUCGGGAUCCAGUAAAAGGAAGUCCCUGGCAGCAGACUGACGCCGCUAUUGGCAGUGGUGAGACGCAAGACCAUUCCAACGACAUCUCGAGAGGCUCUCAUCAGGACGCAAAUCCCCUCCCCUUCACAAAGGCCCGAAAGGAUGGCAGGUCGAAUUCAACGAAGUCCCCCUUUAAUCAGAAACCAAUGGACGAUGAUACGCAGGAGUACCUAAGCGGCUAUAGUCUGGAUCACACGGAAACCUCAGCGACCGACUCCGAGGUGGCCACAGACUCACGUAAAGCAAAACAUACCGACAUGAUGUUGAAAUUUCGCUACCCGAGCAAGGAUGGCGGCGCUGUUAAGGGGUCUUCCCGUAUUUGGGGGUUGAAAAAGAACCGCGCGCCUCCGCUGGAUUUAAAGCUGUUGGAGUUCCCCAACUGUAGCACGGACUCCGUAAAGGAGGAGGCCGAAAAGGGAGGGCCGCCCUUGGAUCCUGAACGCCUCCCGAGCCACGCGCCGCCAGGGCAGCAACCGCGAAACCGUCAGGUUCCCUCCAUCCCCCCGAAAACGGCGCGGAUGAAUGACCGAGCUAAAGAAACAGACGCCGGCGCCACGGAAAGGGCUUCGGGAUCUUCCAGUACGAGUGAUUCGCUCGUGAUAGCACCGCCCUACCUGAUGCUGCCACUCCAGUCGGGCGGUCAGGGUACCAGUAAGACGAAAAGUGCGAACUCGAGGCUUGAAAGCGAGGACCAUCCCUGUUGUGAUAGCAGUGGGUUUAUAAAGUAUAGGAAGUCUGGAUCGACCUCGCCCUAUGGCCGGAUGGAUUCAUUUAGCAUGAGUGAGCAUUUACAAUAUUCCUACACCAUGUUAACGGCCGAAGUAGCAUCCGAGGCGGAAAGUGCCCAAGUUGUUGAUUUGAAGCUUACUCAGGGGACUGUCCCAUUACAGCCUUCACGCUUUCACGACACGUUGAGUGAGUGGCAGAACAAUGUGCAGGUGCUUUCUUUUCAGCCCAUUGAAAUGCGCGGGGGGGAUCCAUCAGGGAAAUAUCUCGAACAUCAGUGGUAUCCACGACCAAAGCUCGGCCAUGUCAAACCCGAGGUGGCUGGUGAAAGUAUCGAGAUGAACGAACAGCUGCACAACGAUAUCAUUCAUCUAAUUCAGAAGCACCGGGAUUUAGUGCUGGAAUACCCUUCUAAGCUGCCAUGCGAGCUAGAUGAGAUGGUGCGCCACCGCCGCCCACGCACUCCGCGCAGCUUUUACGGUCCUUCUAAACCCAAAGUAGGGAAAAAUUGGUUCCACGAUGCCAUGAAAAGCGUUCCGCGUGUACCUUCGCCAGAUUUGAACAGACUUGAUAGAGAGGAUGCUGCCGCGAAAAACAAUGGUCGUGGUGCGGUGGUAGUAUAG